AUGUCAUUAGGCACUGAAAAUUUAAUGAGUUGCUUACACGUUGAUGAUUACAAGGGUUUAGUCGGAAUUGAUUUCUAAGCAAGGGACUAAGUCUUUGGAAGUAAUCAAAAGGAAGAGCCUAUGAAGAAAAGUAAAUAUUUACUCAUUCCCAUUUCUCAUACCUUGUUAGGCUAUCUAUAGAUAUUCAAGAAAAAUAUGAACGAAUUUGGAAUUAAAAUUUUGAUAAUUGCAUCCAUAAUUCUUAUUGUCUUGAGACUGAGUUUUGAGUGGGAAAAUAGAAGGUAUGUCUGGAUUGAGGGAACUAGCAUCUUGGGUAUAUCGAUACUUGUCACACUGGUCUAGUCACUUACUGAAUUUAGAAUCGGAAAAACUCUUGUAGGGCUUAAAAUCACCGAAUAAUCAUUGAUAAAAGAUUGUAUUCUCUUAGAUGGAUAAGAAGUCGUUGUCAAGAAUGAGGGUGAUUCAAUAAAUCUAAAAAAAGAAACUUUUGAUACUUGUAUUGAACUUAGAAAAAGACUUUUUGCAACUUUUUUCCAUCAUGAAAAGAAUUCAUUACCCUCAAUGAUACUACUCAAAUAAACUUUCAUUAUUCAUGGAACUGGAAAACUUUUGGUGAUUUCUGUUUCUAAGGAUAGCAAUUUAUUGGGAUUUAAUAAUGCUACAGAAACAGAUGCUAAUGAUACAUACUUAGGAUAAAAGAUUAAAAUGGUAUCCUCUAAAUUAGGAAAACCUAACGAAUAUGACUUAAGAGGACAUUAUUAACACUACAUUUAAGAAUGGAUUCGCUAUCUUUUGGAUGGUAUAACACUCUUAGUUGCUGCAGUUCCUGAAGGAAUUAAUCUUGCUUUAACAUUAACUCUGAUUAAUUCAACCUAGGGUAUGUUGAAACAAAACUAUCUUGUUAAAGCAAUGAAAUCCAUUGAGACUAUUGGAAGAUGUGAGGUAUUUAUUUUCCGACUAGAAGAGCUAUCUUCAAUUAACUCUAUUUGCCCAGAUAAAAGAGCUCUUAAAGCCUAUUCAUUGAUGUGUGCUGGCGAGAUAGAUUUUAAAAAAUAAUGCUGUUCUACAAUAAUCAAAAACGCUGACACCAAUCUAGAAUUCAAACACCGUAUCCAUGUUAUAAGUAGAGCAUCCCUUAAGUCACUUACAGAUUGCUCAUUUUAUCUUGAUCAAACAGGGAUGAUAAGCUAUAAAAAUAUCAGACCUUUAGACGCAAAUUUGGAAUAGAUUUUUCAUGAGAAUAAUAAAUUAAUCUGUCUUGGAUUAUUAGCUUUAAAAGAAAAAUAGGCUAAAUCUUAAAAAACUACAGAUGAUUAAGAAGGUCAAAAAAAGUUAGUAGAAUAAAAGCCAAAGGAGACUAUUCAAGUUACUAUCGAUUGUCUUAGAAAAAUGCAUUGUGAUGUUAAGAUAUUAACAAGAAAAUGCAUAGAUGAGACAUUAGAUAUUAUUAAAACUUAGGAUAUAUAAAGAUGGUAGAUCUUAGACAGUAGAAAGUUUUAUACGAUUUGGGCAGUUAACAUGGCAUUAUAGAAGAAUCCUAAUUUAUAGCAGGAUUUAUUUUACUAAGAUUUUUACUAUGAGAUAAAUAUCAUUAGUUUGCAAAAGCUCAUCCAUGAAGUCGUAAUCAUUUGUGAUGCAACUCCAACUGUUUCUAGACUGCUAAUGAGAAUAUACAGAAAUUAGUAAAUUUAAAUAUUUUUUAUAUAUCUUAGAGGAAAAGUUACUGGAGUUGUUGGAAAGCAAGCUGAAGAUUAUUCCUAUAUGGAUUCUGCAGAUUUACUUAUUAGUCCCUACCAAAGAAUUAACAAGUCAGCUCAAAUCAAUAUUCUGAAUGCUCAUGUCAUAGUAAUGAAUGAUAAUAAUGAUGCAGAGUGCUUAAGAAAUGCAAUUGCUUUUGGCUCAUUUGGCUUGGCUUUUGAAAAAUAGCAUUUCUCUGCAGGACUCAAGGAUCAAAGUGACCAUUUAUUUUCAAGCGAACUAGUAAAAUACAUCAUUAUUCACUCGCUGUAUUAAGUGACAGUAUGUUUCACCUUGCUUUUUGGUGGAGAUUAUUUAUUCCAAAAUUUAAUAAAUGGUCGUAAAAUAACAUAUGAUGGGAAGAUAUUGAAUGAUAUAGACUCUGAAGAGAAUGGAAAAGGUCUUGACUUUUACCAAUGGAUCAUUUCAUUUGCUUUUGGAAUAGGUUCCCUCUUUAUAGACACACUUACAAGAAUUAUACCGAAUAAAUUAAUAUCUAAAAUGAAACUUGAUAUACUUUUCCAAAAACUAGAGAUAACUUCUGCAGAAAGAAUAAGAAUUGAUAAGAUUAAUAAUCGAAGAAGUAUUUUGUUUGGGAAUUAAGAUGAGGAAUUUAAAAAGCUUCAAGCUAAAAUAUUCCCUAUAGUUUAAAACCUUUAGUAAGAUGCGUAAUCAGAUGAGCACUCAUAAGAAGAUUCUGAGAGUCAAACUGUUAAUAAUAGUCAUAUUAAGGAACCAAAUGAAAACAUAGAUUCAAAGCGAGAUUUGUCAGGGGUCAAGCCAAAUUAAAACAAUAGUGAGUUUGAUGAAAAUAACGAUAGUGAAUUUAAAACAGAUAAUGAUCAGAGAGAUGAUAAUGAAAAUCAAAUAUUUCCAUUAGGAGGACGAUCUAAUUUUCCUUUGAACACGAUUCACCAUUCUAUAAUAGAAGAAAAAGAAAGUUAGUAAUCAUCAGACGAGGAUGAAAAAUGA